UUUGCCGCAGCAGUCGUGGCGGGGGCAGAGCUGAUGCAGGAAACAGCGAGAGAUAUUUACAACGAACACUUUCCACCUCUCCAGCCUAACUGUUCUCAGAGUUUGACUGAUCUCCUCCUGCUCCGCCAAGAAGUCAAAUUGGACGAAAUGGUAAAGCUUUUGACUGACAUCCGUGACUUACUGGAGGAGAGCUCGAAUAGUGCCUCGGGAAACUGCCCCGUCGGUUUCGAAAAUGCUGAGGGCCUCUGUCUGCAUCUCGGUGCACAGGAGAUGACGUGGGAGAACGCCCGCAGGUAUUGCCAGACGCUCGGGGGAUCCUUGGCAACCGGCCUUCAAAAUGUCGUGAUUGGUCGUUCGUUCGUGCGAAGUGAGUCGUUUUCGCUUGUUUGGUUGUGUGGGUCGUUAUGGACGAGGAAGCCGGGCAGCGGAGGACGACCUCGGAGAGCGACCACUGGACGCCGUCGAGGCCAGCGCGAGGGACUGAAGGCUCGGCCAGCAGCGGGCCGAACAGGGGUGGUCACCCCCAUGAGCCGUCAGAUUCGACGGCGCUCGAGAGCCAUACACAAAAUAAAGAUCUAG